GGACGUACCAGAGCAAAGUAGAGGCGCCAGGGCAGUGGUUUGUGGAACUCAAGUUCAAGUCUUCCUGCCAGGAUGCAUCUCAAUGGUCCGAGUGGGCCGCAGGCCUUUGUGAACGACAGCUCUGGUGAUGUCGGCGGCACACUCUAUCCCAUUGGACAUAGCUAUCCGGCGGAAUAUCAGCAUAUGGUGCAUGCCCACUGGCGGGGAUUUCGCGAAGCACCCAUCUAUUAUCACGCCGGCAUCUACAUUGCCUUCAUAGUCCUCAUGUUCUCCAAUCUAUUUGGCAAUGGCUUGGUCAUCUGGAUUUUCUCCACCUCCAAGUCCCUGCGAACUCCAUCUAAUCUGCUGAUUCUGAAUCUGGCCGUCUUUGAUCUGUUCAUGUGUAGCAAUAUGCCGCAUUAUCUUCUCAAUGCGGCUGUUGGGUAUAUCGUUGGCGGGGAUCUAGGAUGCGAUAUUUAUGCGUUGAAUGGCGGCAUAUCUGGCAUGGGCGCAUCAAUAACGAAUGCCUUCAUUGCCUUCGACCGUUACAAGACCAUCUCGAACCCGAUUGAUGGGCGUUUAAGUUACGGACAAAUUGUGAUCUUGAUUAUUUUUACUUGGCUGUGGGCCACGCCCUUUUCGGUUCUACCCCUAUUUCAGAUCUGGGGCCGCUAUCAGCCGGAGGGUUUCCUGACUAGCUGCACCUUCGACUAUCUGUCCAGCACGGAUGAGAAUCGACUGUUUGUGCGCACCAUCUUUGUGUGGUCGUAUGUCAUACCGAUGACCAUGAUCCUAACCUCCUACUACAAGCUCUUCACCCACGUCCGCACCCACGAGAAGAUGCUGGCCAAUCAGGCCAAGAAGAUGAAUGUGAAAUCGCUGUCGGCCAAUGCCUCCAACGACAACAUGAGUGUGGAGCUGCGGAUUGCCAAGGCAGCCCUAAUCAUCUAUAUGCUGUUCAUCCUGGCCUGGACUCCGUACUCGGUGGUGGCCUUGAUCGGUUGCUUUGGGGAGCAACAGCUGAUAACGCCCUUCGUCUCCAUGCUGCCGUGCCUGGCCGCCAAGUCUGUUUCCUGCCUGGAUCCCUGGGUGUAUGCCACCAGUCAUCCCAAGUUCCGCCUGGAGCUGGAGCGUCGAUUGCCUUGGCUGGGCAUUCGGGAGAAGCAUGCCGCUUCUGGGUCAUCUGGGGGUCAGGAGAGUAUGGCCAGUGUCAGUGGCGACACGCUGGCUCUCAGUGUCCAAAACUGAUGAUACAUCGGAUAUACAUAGCCCCUGAAAUGGUAAAUGGAUUACGAGUUGAUUAGUUUAGUUCUAAGUGCGCAACGAACUAAAAAAGUUCAAAAAAAUACAAACCAAAAAAAGUUGGCAUUUGAAAAGAA